UGUCAUUUCUGUUUCUUAGAAAAUAACGUUUUAAUAAAAUACAGGAAAUGUAAUUAUUUAUCUGAUUAAUUGAUUAAUCGAAGAAAUAAUCGAAGAUUAAUUGAUUAUCAAAAUAAUCGUUAGUUUCAGCCCUAUUGUCAAAUUCCAAAAAUGACAAUAAAGCAUCAUAAAAGUAUCAUGAAAGUAGUCCAUAUGACACUUAGACAAUUCAACAGAAGUCGUGACAGAUGCAGAUGUGUCCUCACUUUUAAUAACACUAGUUCAUCCCCUGCACUUGUUCACGGGGGAAAUGUGAUGACGUUGUUGAGCGUUUCAUACACCAAAUGUGUAAAUGCAAAUGUUAAAAUUCACUGAUUCAAAUCUUAACUUUGGCUUCAAAGUUUUUGAUUUUCCAGCCAUUAUCAAUUUCCAGUUCAUUAUCAAAUUUUCACACUUCGUUUUAUGAGCUUUAGAAAGACUUCUGAAAGUGUCCUUGAGGAAACUGCACAUUCUGCACAUUGCUAUCAGUACUUCAUGAAAAAUUUUGACAUUUUGCUUGAAUCCUCCUACAGUGUCAGAAAAUUAAUUGUGUUAUGCGGCUGGCAGGCGAAACAUUCACUAUCCUCAUUACAUUAUCAUAUAAGCUCAUGCAAGAGCUUGAAGCAGUGUGUACAUGCUGCACCUGUGCUGUGUAAACCCACUUCUCAUUCUCUCUUCCUCAUUACACACACACACACAGCUCACGCAGGUAAUUUUGGUGAACUCCAUCCUGAGCCCAUGCUUCAGACAGUUGCUCAUGAAGAAUCCCAUGUCUUUGAGUUUGCAUCAAUUCAUCCUCUGUGAAGUCCAUCUUAGUAGACUGAAGUGAAGUCUGGCUGGCACAUGCUGCAGUUGGUCAUCAUCACUCAGUGACAGUGGGAAUCGGACAUCAGGCAGGACCGGAGAUGGAUCUGGCGGGCUCUGGGUAAUGCGCAAAUUCAGAAAUGCCGUAUGUAGAUCGUCAGAAUCGGAUCUGUGGCUUUCUAGACGUCGAGGAAAUGGAGAACAGCGGCAAGUUUCUGCGGCGCUACUUCAUCCUGGACAUGCAGGAGGGCAGCCUUGUGUGGUACAUGGAUAACCCUCAGAAUCUUCCAGCUGGAACAUCCAAUGUCGGAUCCCUUAAACUAACAUAUAUAUCCAAGGUUAGUGAUGCCACCAAGCUGCGACCAAAGGCGGAGUUCUGCUUCGUCAUCAAUGCUGGAAUGAGGAAGUUUUAUCUUCAAGCGAAUGAUAAGCAGGAUUUAGUGGAGUGGGUCAGUGUGCUCAACAACGCCACCAAAAUCACAGUGCCAAAGUCAGGUGAGCAGGUGUAUCAUAAUGCAACAGAGGUAUGUGUGGACACGCUGGGUGCCACAAAAAAAGUGUCCUAUAAGACCGAGAUCAUCGCUGGAGUGCCCAUCAUCACCACCACACAGGAGAAGGGUGAAGGACAGAAUGGAGCAGACAGGAGUGGACUGAGGAAACCUCCGUCAGGUCAGCUGCCGUAUUAUCUGAGUCGCAGUAACCAGGACCAGUCUGUGAUUAAAGCUGGAUAUUGUGUUAAACAGGGAGCCGUGAUGAAAAACUGGAAGAGGAGAUACUUCAUGCUGGACGACAACACACUCAGCUACUUCAAAUCAGAUACAGACCGAGAGCCAUUACGAGUUAUCCCACUUAAAGAGGUCAACAGAGUGCAGGAGUGCAAGCACAGUGAUAUGAUGACGAGAGACAAUCUGUUCGUGCUGGUCACUACAUCAAGAACCUUCUACAUUCAGUCUGACAGUCCAGAGGAGAUGCAUGGCUGGAUCAGGGCAAUCUCUGGGGCCAUAGUGGCUCAGCGGGGCCCCGGGCGAUCAGCAGCCUCUGAGCCUGCUGAACCCACCGCCAUCUUCAACAGCAAAUUCAGUGUGCCAGCUCCUCGCUCACCCCUCCCCGAACACCAUUACCCAGAAUGCCACUCCGCCUCAGGCCCUCAGCACGGCGUGGGAGGGGCCCAAUCUCAACGGCCGGCUGUCGCUCCAGGAGUUGCCCCAAAUCUUCUUCAAGUGAAUGAUGAUGACUCGUCGCCAUGGCAAUGGCGGAGCAACAAAACAAAUUCACCCAAUUGCUUGUUGGAUGAAGAUCUGAAGGUUACCAAGGUGUAAUGAGACACGUAUAGUCCACACAUGCACAUAUUGAAAAAAGUAAUCUCAAAACAAGCAAACCUAUUACAGUCAAAAGCAGGACAGGGACUCGUGAGGAAUCAUGCCCAAUGCGCCAUGGGACAUGGACUGACCUGUGGAAUUAUUCGCUGAUCGUUCUCAAGCCACUCGCAAACAGAAGUGUUCACUAAAACAGAUUCAUAAACCAGAGGGCUGUCAGUCAGGUGAUUAUGAGGACUGUGACUUUAACUCAUACUCAAACUAGACUCUUGACUAAGCUACCCGAUAGGAUACAACGGUAUAAAAAUGUUGGGAGAAUAGACAAUCAUUAUUUUUAUGUCAUGGCUGAUAACUGCUAAUAAUGCAGAUGAAGUGACCGUUUCCAAACAAACUCUUGGCUGCAGCACUUCCGGGUUCUUUUGUCAUCCCCAUAUUGCAUGUCUGAUGGUCGUUUUUAAUUUUUUAAACGCCACAUUUCUCAGGCUUUUGAAGUGUGUUAAACGUGAGGAUGUGUAUUCAUCAACCUGUCACAUGUAUGACAAAACACGCAGGCUUAUUGAACCAAGUUAAAACUAGUUUUGUUGAUAGUUCAGAAAGAAGCUGCAUACUAUAUAUUUCUUCACUGUAAAGCAUAGACAUCCAUUUAUAAUAACUUUUAUUAACAUAAACAUUAUUAUAUUAAAUAAUGUUUAAAAGAUUAUUAAAACUGCAGCGCUGCUCAAAUCCACCAUUGAAAUCUGCUGCUCAAAAGAACCCGGAGCGCAUUUGACGGCUGUAACGUCACGGUCAUUUCAUCGAUAAUUGUACAACAGUGUAAUCACACAUCACAACAUUUUAAUGUACAGUUGAAAAUAUGUACUGAAUACUGUUUAGUACUUAUGAAACAUGCCAUGGAAAUGCUGUUACAGUUUGAAUUGGGGAAAAAAUAAGAUCCAUAAAAUAUAAUAAAUUAUAAAGAUAGAUAUAAUGAAAUAAAUUAAAUGGGUUUUUAUGUAUGUAAAAUAAAAGAAUAUAUAUAUAUAUAUAUAUAUAUAUAUAUAUAUAUAUAUAUAUAUAUAUAUAUAUAUAUAUAUAUAUAAUUUAAAAAUACAAAUAUAUAAUCAAAUAAAAUAAUUAAUUAAAUUGGGGUUUUAUUUAUUACAUUUAUAUAUUUUUUACUUUAAUAUAUAUUUAUUUUAAUAUUUUUUAUUUUUAAAUAAAAACAUUUUAUUUAUUUUUUAAACAAUAAAUAUAAUGUUUAUAUAAAAUAAUAAAAAUCAAACAAUAAAUUAUCUGCUUCCAAUAUUGACCUUUUCAGACAUUUAUGGAUAAUAAAAAUAAAUCUCCAAUAUAUUGUGCAUCCCUACUUGAGGAGCAAGACCUCAUAAGUUCUGCUUGAUAUUCUUUUAAUUAUUUGGGUGCUUUUCUGUCUUUUUUCGUGAGGUUCAGUUUAGACUAUGUCUUACAGUUACAUGUUUUACUUUUAUAGGCCGCAAGGUCAGGAUGCUCUUGAUUUUAUUGCUAACUGAAUUUCAUUUUCUUAUGUGUUGUGUAUUUAAUUGAAUUUGACUUUGUGUUAGUUUUUAUUAGUUUAGUUAUUUUGUCAUGACAGACCUGAAACCAGUGCAGUAGAAUGAACCCUUACAGUCUUUGUGCUGCAUCACAAUAUUGCGGUUCAAGGAAACAUCUGUGUUUUUUGUAGUUGCCACAUUUUCAUUGACAGAAUUGAACUGAGAACAUCCAGCUUGUCAUGUUAGGUUCCAACACUAUACAUUGGAGUUUUCUUGGGAUUUAUCAAGGAAGAUUUUGAGUGAAAAGUUCUCUGAAUGUUUGUACAGACAAGUUAACAUGGUCACAAACUGGAUUAGUCACCUAGAUGUUCUUACUAAUUUUACGGCAUAUUGUUUUUUUUGUUUUGUUUUGUUUAUAGAUAUAUAUUAAAACUGUUUAUUUCCAGGUUUAAAUUAGAUUUUGAAUCCCAGAUUUUCAAUGUGGACAUUUGAGUGGCAUUUUAUUUUGUAUUUUAUGUUUCUCUUUAAAUACAGUGUAUUGUUUCCAGGAUGGCCUACAGUACAAAUAGCACAGACAUUUGAUUAGCACAGGCAUCACGUCCUUUUAUUAUGAAUGCAGACGCUCCAUGUGCUUUUUAACCAACAUGAUCUGUCAAACUGUGUGUGUGUGUGUGUGUGAAGAGAAACAACUUGACAUCUGAACUCUUUGGAAUGAGAUGAGAGACAGAUGGAGGUGUGGAGGUUCAAGUUGACUACAGAGGUAAAAAGAAAAGGGGGUUUGACUAAUGCGAGUGAUGCAUGGUAGGUGUUAUACAGUAAACACUGGUCACAGUGCUCAUGUGUGUCUGUAUUUGAUCAAUCCACUCUGAACAUUCAUGAUUAUUCCUCACUGAAAGGCUUUGGUCAUUACUAUGGUUAGAGUUGAUUGGGUUGUUCAUUUGGCCUACACAUGGGUAAAUCAUAGUUCUGUAUCCAUAACAACUAAACAUUUCUAUGAGUCUAUUAAUCGUAAUGUCAUUAGUUUACUUUAAGGGAUAGUUCACCCAGAAAUGAAAAUGUAUUUCUUUGCAGCACUGCUCAUAUUGUCUGGUUUGUGUUUUUCCUCAUCUGUAAGCUGCUUUGAAUGAAAGUGCCUGCUAAAUAAAGUUAUGGCAGAGAUUUGAGAGCUACAACCAA